CUUCGACAAAAUGUUUGCAUCUAUUGAUAUUCCUCGGAAGGCACCAACUGAGAGACCUAUACAAAUAGGCGAAUUUACCCCUGGAUCUCCUCCUCGCCGCAGACCAGGUCUAUUCUCCGUUGUCUUUCAAGAGGAUCUCAAUCUCGGUCCAGACCAUUACCACAACUCUCAUCCUACCCCGCCCCGCACGUUGUCAGGAUCAUUCCGAACAAUGGACGAAUUCGCACAAAGCAGAGAGGAUGACGACCUAUUUGCAGACGAAUUUGAACCAAUUUCCGACCCUCCAACCGUCACUGAAGAUCAAAAACUCUCCAUCAAACCUCCACUCGAAGAACCGACAUUCUCCAAUCUAAUCCAAAGCAGCAAUGUCCGACGAGAGCAGGGACAAGAACGAAGAGCUAGAGGCGGCCGUGGAGGACUCACUGGCAGAGGAAACAAUGGUCUAGGUGCAUCCAGAUAUGCUACUUCCGCUGAUACCCCGCCCACACAAAAUGCCACCACAAAUCCAGCUUCCACGUCAGACAAUAUGCCGCCCCAAAGCACUGUACCUACGCCCGACAAUGGCCCUCCCCCGGCGGAACCUGCUACCGGAACACGGAAUCUUGCAGUCCGCGGUGACCGAUCUGCCACCGGCGGACCCGCUCACAAGAAGUUGACAGAGGAGGAGCUCAGUGCUAAGAUGGCCAAGAUGGCGGUGAUCAACGCGGAGAAGGCAGAGCGGCACAGAUUAUCAGAGGCGGAUCAAGCAGCAUACCAACACCGAGAGAAGGAGCUGGCUAAGGAGAAGAGAGAAAAGGCCGUAGCAGAGAAGAAGAAUGAGAGAGUCAUGGAGAUGGAGCGGGCAAAGAACAGGGAUCGGAAGAUGAAGACGCAAGGCGGCAGAGAGUGGGAUAGUGAGAAACUUGAGAGCGACAUUGUGGACGGAAGGGGACGUGGUAGGAGCUCGGAAUAUGUCAGAGGUGGUCAUGGCGGAGUUAUCAGAGGUCGAGGUGGGCUUGCUGAGAGCCGGUUCUCUGGUCCUGAGGAAACAGAUGAGAUUGAGUCCGGUUCGAGAGGAAGGGGAGGAUUUCAGAGCAGAGGUCGUGCUAGAGGAGGUCGAGGUGGUCGUGGAGGAAAAGCCUCGGCACCAGUCCCACCCAGUGCUGAAGACUUUCCAUCCUUGCCCACUCAGGAUAAGAUCUCGUCUGAGGUAGAGACUGUGAAGUCGCCAACAGGAGAAAAGGGACCGGGAGAUUGGGCUGAAGAAAUGGCUACACCUAUUGAGGAGAAGAAGAUGGAUGUCUAGGUACAUAUUCUGAAGCAGAGGCUCUUUGCAUGGCUUUUAAAAAUCGGCGUUGGGGUAAGACUCGUCUACGGACUUGAGUGGGAUACGUUAUACCGUUGCUUUUAAAUAUCAUGCAUUCAUUCAAU